UAAUAAUAAUUAGGCUGUAAAUAUGCUUUUACCCAACUAUUACGUCGGGGAUGAAUAUGAAAGACCGGCACAUAACCAUAUUUGUUCAAAACCAGUACCACCGCUUGUUCAGACAUAACAUUUGGCGGUGGUAUACUUUAGUGUUUAUAAAAACCCUACAUACAAACAUUGAAACACUUAACAUUCUUGCGGCAACUAGCGAGCAAUAUGUCUCGACCGCUUUGGAUUCAAAGCUUGCUACUUUUAAAGUUCAUAGCAUCAAGCGAAAGUAACCCCAUCAUCGCUGCUGCUAUCGAACAUGCUCCAGUCAGUGCUGUAGUGAAUACUGUUGAUUAUCCCAGAUAUGCCUACAGCUACGCAGUUAUUGACCCGCAUACCAAUGACAAAAAAGCACAUUGGGAGACGCGAGAAGGUAAUGAAGUCAACGGUGCUUAUUCGUUGGUAGAACCAGAUGGAAAUAUUAGAAUUGUCGAAUACAAUGCAAACGAUGUAAAAGGUUUUACAGCAGUCGUGAAGAAGCUGGGACCAAACGUGCAUCCUACCCAAAUAGUUCAAGCCGUUCCGCUAAUACUAAACCCAGCACCACAUCCACGGGUUGUAGCCGAGCCUGUACAUCAACCUGAAGCAGUUCCCAUAGUCUUGCCCCCUGUUCACCAUCCAUCACCAGCUAAAGUAGAAGUUGCUGAAGUACAAACUGAACACAGAGUUGAAGAACCGAACUCUUUAGCAUACGGCUUAGGUGCUGUUGCUUUGCCUAUUGAAGUUCCAGAGGUAGUAUUCGAAAAAGGAAGCCUUCCGUGGGAUCCACGCACAGGCUCGUAUGGCGGAUGGCGACCCCUCCCCGGACCUCAGGCCAAGCAAGCAUAUGCAACUAUUUACAGUCGGAAAUAUAUAGACGGCCAUCUACACAAAAUUGUGACGGGACCCAUUUCACUGGUUGGAAAAACUUUGUACAUAAGGAAAACACACAACUAGAAGGAUAAACUGCGUGUACAAUUGAAGCUUUAAUUUCGACGAUAUGAAGAAGUUGAAUAAAAUAAGUCUCUUAGUUAGUAACAAUGUAGGCCAGGGUUCGUAAUAGUCAACAAACGGAAUAGUCAUAAAUGUAAAUAAAAUAAUUCAAGCGGUCAUUA